AUUCAUUCAUUCAUUCAUUCAUUCAUUCAUUCAUUCAUUCAUUCAUUCAUUCAUUCAUUCAUUCAUUCAUUCAUUCAUUCAUUCAUUCAUUCAUUCAUUCAUUCACCCACACAUUCAUUCACUCAUUCAUUCAUUUGUUAUCCUCGCACAUACCUGUCCUUAGUAUCCAUAAUAUUACUACAUUACAACCAACGAAUAAGACACUUGUAUAAUUAUCCAUUUCAACAUGAGGACAUGUCAUUACGUUAUCCUUGGCAUUGAGAGGAAUGCCUCGGACUCUGACAUUAAAAAAGCAUACCGUCGCAAAGCACUUGAAUGGCACCCAGAUAAAAACCAUCAUCGGGUGGAAGAAGCAACAAAGCAAUUCGCCUUCAUCGCAGAGGCAUAUGAAGUAUUAUCGGAUCCACAAGAGCGUGCAUGGUAUGACUCUCAUCGCGACGCUAUUCUCCGUGGAGAUGACAAAUCUGAUCAGACUGAAAGUGCUGCGGGAACUACUGCUGCGGAUCUGAUGAAAUACUUUAGUACUUCUGCUUUUAAGGGAUUCCAAGAUAACAAUGCUGGCUUCUUCGCAGUCUAUCGCAACAUCUUUAAUAAACUAGCAGAGGAAGAGGCUGAAGCAGCGGCCCUCAACAACAAUUCAAAUUCAAAAGAGACUCCUCACUAUCCAUCCUUUGGAUCUUCGACCACGGCCUAUGAUGACAACUCUGAUUCGGAUGUGAAGCAGUUCUAUAACGCCUGGUUGACCUUCUCGACCCAGAAGAGCUUCUCAUGGUGUGACAAAUAUCGACUCUCUGAAGCUCCUGAUCGUCGAGUUCGUCGAGCUAUGGAAAAAGAGAAUAAGAAAUUCAGAGAUGCAGCUCGUAAAGAAUUUAACGACACUGUCUUGGAAUUGGCUUCCUAUGUCCGAAAACGUGAUCCCCGCUUCCUUAAUUACCAGGAACAACAAAGACAAAAACAAAAACAGGUCCAAGCAGAUUUAAAGGCACGUCUGGAGAAGGAAAAGGAAGUCCUCCGAGCAAAAGCAGAACAAUUUCAGGAACAAGCAUGGCAACGUAUUGAGGAAGACGAGGACGGGGACGAUAAUGAACAACACCAACGAUCCGAUUCAGAUAGUGAAGAUGAAUUCGAUCAAGAGUACGAAUGUAUCAUCUGUGAUAAAUUCUUCAAAUCAGAACGUCAAUGGAAAAACCAUGAGCAGAGUAAACGACAUUUGAAGGCUGUAGAGGAUAUUCGACUUGAAAUGUUGCAUGAAGAAAAUCAGCUGAAGGAACAACAAGGAACUCUCCCAAACGACCGUCAAAGUAACAACAACAACAACAACAACAACAACAACAACAACAAGCAUGUCGAUACUGAAGAGGAUGAGGAUGAGCUAGGAGAGGAAGAAGAAAUAGAAGUAGAUAAAGAAGAAGAAGAAGAAUUCGAGCCAGAGGGAGAGACAGCCAGAUCAACCGCAAAAAAUCCUGAGGAUUUUGAGGAUAUCCUUUCAGCAAGUGAUUUGGAUGAAGACAGCCCUAUUGAGGCACCCUCACCGACCUAUGAUAGUCUUUUCAAUUCAAAAAAGAAGAACAAGAACAAGAAGAAGAAGAACGUCAUGACUGCCAGUCUUGAGCUUGAAAUAGAUCAAGAUGAGAUUGAUGAGUUGGAUCAGGAUGGUCUAGUCGACCUUUUGGGAUCCGUUCGAAUGUCUUCGACUUCCUCCCCUCUGUCUCGAUCUCGAACAUCUACACCCAAGGCGAAGGGCAAUGCUAAAGGGAAAUCUAAAGCUAAAGUUAAAGGACAGAAGGAUCUUUGGCCAAGUGACGUUGAUGAUGCUCAGAACGACGAACAUGACAAUGUGCAACAGCAACGGGAUGAGGAUUCCGUUUCGACUGCACCAGUCUCAAGAGCAGAAUCACCUGUUGGAAAACCAAAGAAGCUGAGCGCUAAAGAAAAGAAGAAAGCUCGCUCUGAACGCGCUGCACAAAAGAAUGGAUCGGAUUUGAAGUGCCGUGUUUGUUCCGAAGAUUUCGAGUCAAGGACCCAAUUGUUCGCGCACAUCAACCAAACAGGACAUGCUACUGCAACCGCUACUGCGUUACCUGCCACAGGAUCAACCUCAACAACAAGCGCUGCUCAGGAUCCAUUCUUCUCCUCAGAAGAUGAAAACCCUCGUGGUAAAGGAAAGAAGGGGCGUGCAAAACGGAAGUAGACAUUUUAGGAAAGC